CAUAAAAACGGGCGUAGGUGGAGUUCUGGUGAAAGCCUUCUGAUGACCACUGUGUCAAUGGCGCCCAUGCCUUGAUAGCCCCGUGUAGUUUUCUCUGUUGUGUCCGCGUUUUAUUCCAUGUAAUGAUGACCAUGGCUCAAGCGCCCACCUUAAUGCGGAAGAAUGAUCAACCAACUUACGAAGAGAAAUGGCCGGAAAUGCGUCCGACAAUUCUAAAAUUACUGAACCAAGAGAGUGUCUCGCAACCGGAAUACCACGACCUCUUCUACAAUGUUUACGCUGUGUGUCAAUGGGAUGAUAAGGGCACGAUCAAAAUCAAGGAUGCACUUCAAGAAGAUAUUAUUGAAUUCAUCAAGAAGGCACAACUGCGUGUUUUGACCCACAAAGAGGAUGAGGCACUGUUGAAAGCUUACAUUGUUGAAUGGAGGCGUUUUCUCACACAGAGCAACUAUCUGCCGGCCCCAUUUAAACACCUGGAAGCCGCCCUGUUGAAGCAGCCGACAAACGGAAAAAAGCCCCCCCAUGACGAACACAUCAUUAGAAAACUCAUGCUGGAUUCGUGGAACUUGAGCAUAUUCAACAAUAUAAAACAGAGACUGCAGGAUUCGGCCAUGAAGUUGGUUCAGUCUGAGCGCAAUGGAGAGGCUUUCGACUCGCAGCUUGUCAUCGGCGUCCGAGAAUCUUAUGUGAACCUGUGCUCCAACUUUGAAGACAAACUGCAGAUCUACAGAGAAAACUUUGAAAAAGCGUACCUUGAAUCAACCGAGACAUUUUACAAGGUGAUGUGUGCGCAAUACCUCAGCAGCAACGGCGUGCAAAAUUACAUGAGGUAUGCCGAGCAGAAGCUGAGAGAGGAGGAAGUCCGAGCUAAUAAGUACCUGGAGUCUGAAGAAUCUGUCCGAUUGUUAGUUGAAUGCUGUGUCAAGACAAUGGUCACCACCUACAAGACUACGAUUUUGGCUGAGUGCCCAAAAAUGCUGGUCAAGGCCAAUGAAUCAGACUCAAUCGCCGUUCAGUCAGCCAUUGACGAACUCAAGUUGAUGUUCAAAUUAAUGGAUCGUGUACCCGACGAAGUUUCACCCAUGCUUCACGAUUUGGAUCAUCACAUUGUGUCCUCUGGCCUGGCCGACAUGUUCGCUUCAGCUGAACAAGUGACUCAAGACUCGGAAAAGUACGUGGAGCACCUCUUGGACCUGUUCACACGGUUCAGCACGUUGGUCACUGAUGCAUUUGGAGACGAUCCCCGAUUCCUGACAGUCCGAGACAAGGCGUUCAAGCACGUUGUAAACGAUACACAAGUGUUCCGGCUAGAGUUGCCUACCAAGCAGAGUGGUGUCAUCAAAACACAACCAGAGUCAAAGUGCCCAGAGCUACUGGCCAACUACUGCGACAUGCUGUUGAGACGGACUCCAUUGAGCAAGCGACUGACUUCAGAUGAAAUCGAGGCGAAAUUGAGAGAUGUGCUGCUGGUGCUGAAGUACAUUCAAAAUAAAGACGUGUUUAUGCGGUACCACAAGGCCCACUUAACUCGCAGACUAAUUUUGGACACCUCUGCAGACUCAGACAAAGAGGAGAGCAUGGUCGAAUGGCUGCGAGAAGUUGGCAUGCCAGCCGAUUUUGUGAACAAAUUGGCAAGAAUGUUCCAAGACAUAAAGGUUAGCGAGGACUUGAACGCACAUUUUAAAGACGAAUACCGUACAACAAGAGGUAGCUUUGCAGACUCGAUUAGCAUUAAGAUUUUGAACGCUGGUGCGUGGGCCAGAGGCAGUGAAAGGGUGGCGGUGUCGUUGCCUCUCGAACUGGAAGACUACAUUCCUGAAGUUGAAGAAUUCUACAAGAAAAAGCACAGUGGGAGAAAGCUGCAGUGGUAUCACCACAUGUCGAAUGGAACGAUAACAUUUGCGAACGACGCUGGCUGUUUCGAUCUGGAUGUUACUACGUUCCAAAUGGCUGUUCUCUUUGCAUGGAACCAAAGACCUCACGACCGCAUAACCUAUGAGAACUUGAGACUAGCCACAGAACUGCCUGACCCUGAAUUGAAACGAACACUUUGGUCUCUCGUCGCAUUCCCUAAGCUGAAGAAACAAGUUCUGCAGUAUGAGCCAGUAGUCACUUCAGCCAAAGACUUUGAUCUAGGCACCAAUUUCUGGAUCAAUCAAGAGUUCUGCCUUGUUAAGAGCAAUAAAUCGCAGAAGCGGGGCAAAAUCAACUUGAUAGGACGGCUGCAGCUGUCGACUGAACGCAGUCGGGAGGAAGACAACGAAGGCAUUGUCCAGCUCAGGAUAUUACGUGUUCAGGAGGCCAUAAUUAAGAUUUUGAAGAUGAGAAAGAAGAUCACGAAUGCUCAGCUGCAAACAGAACUGAUAGACAUAUUGAAGAACAUGUUCUUGCCCACAAAGAAGAUGAUAAAGGAGCAAGUUGAAUGGCUGAUUGAGCAUAAGUAUCUCAGGAGGGAUGACAAUGACCUCAACGUUUUCUAUUAUAUUUCGUAAUUAUUGGAAUGACAUGUGCAUGCCAUCGAUAUUCGUGCUUACUAAAGAUGAUGAUGGAUAUCCUUGGGACAUCUAGGCUCUUGCCGAGCUCCAGCGCAAACUGCAAUUUAUUGCUUGUGAAUUUUUCCAUCUUGAAAGUUUAAAGGUAGCUUGUAUCAAGCAUACCACCAUUGAACUUUAUUUUCCCCUUUUGAUCUUUGUUUGGCGUGGGGUUCAUAAGUAAUAAAUUUUGCCAUCCAAUAAUA